AUGCCGGGGGCUCCUUGGAGAUCCCAGGGCUGCAAUACCUGCAGGAGGCGCAAGGUCAAGUGCGACGGGGAACGACCCCACUGCGCUCGAUGUCUUCGAGGUGGCCACCGCUGUGAAGGAUACGACCGAUCUCGAAAGUUCGUUCAUGCCUUCUCUGCGCCCGAGGCCGCUUCGAAAAACCUUCCCGUGACAAAGCGACAACCCCGCAAACAAGAUGCCGGCUUUUCGACGAUCAACGUCAACACGCAGAUCCGAUCCCAGCUCUUUUCCCUAUUCAUCGAUUCCUAUAUUCCCUCCCGACCGCUUGGCCAGAUUAAAUUCCGAUGUCAGCCGGCUCCGAAUUUAUUCGAGGUAUUCCCCGCCCUCAUGAAUGGCAGUAAUAGCCAAUUACUGGACCGGGCGAUAUCUGCGCUUGCCUCUGUCUUCGUGGGCAAUAAAAUCGGCAAUGAGCAGUUGAUUCGGCAUGGGGUUGAGCUGUACAACAAUGCCAUUCAAGUGUUUGCACGUCUUAUACCGCAAUCGGGGCUCCCGGUUCAAGAGGUUCUCUGUGCAAACGUCGUGUUUCAAUUAUACGAGCUCAUAAAUUGCACCUCCGGGUUCUCUGGAUGGACGGCGCACAUGGAAGGCGCCAAUGCCGUGCUUGCUCGACACGAGCAGUUCCUGGAAAGGGACGAACUGACCAGAAUGUUACUUCGCCAAUUGAGGCUAUCCAAUAUCUUCCAUGCCAUAGGAAAAUCCAAGUCAGCCAUCGCUUUCUGUCCAAUGUGGCGAUUCUUAUCACCCAAAGACUCGGAUGACCCCAUCGACGAAAUCAUCGAUAUUCUCAUGGCCUGCACCAGUCUCCUCGAACAAAUGAACGAUGUGCGGUUUACAUCUGACUCUGAGCAAUUAAUGCAACAGUGUUGGGAUCUCAACAUGCAAACCAUGCUAUGGUACGAGAAACUCGAGUCGAUCCAUGGAAAACCGCUCUACACCAAGAUUCCGGACGAUACCAGCAUCCCUCGGAGCCAAUCCAGCAAAAGCUUCUUACCAGAAAGAUAUGAAUUCUCAGCCCUCGACGUCGCAGAGUCACAUAUGCUCUGUUGGACUGCAAUGCUCAUAAUGUACUCUAUUUUCCAUCGACUGGAGGUGCAGAAAGAGCAUCUUCACCCCGGUUAUACCUCCGACAACGAAGUAGCCGAAACCUUCCUUGAAGGAGCGCAGCACUACGCCACUCAAAUCUGUCUCGGCGUGGGUUACUUCCUCCAGCCACAUAUGCACAUUCUUGGUGGGCAUAACUUGCUCUUCCCGGUCAGCAUGGCAUCGCAGUUGUUCCAUAGCAACGGACUGCUCGACCAGUACCAGUGGUGUCAGGAAGUCUUCGCUGCCCUUGAGGCCACUGGGCUUGGGCUAGCCAGUGUUUUGCAGGGAACACCGUGGUCCAGAUAUAAACAGAUCAGCAGCCCAACGACGGUUGCUGUUGAAGCUGAAGAUAGCCCUGGAGAGGGAGAUGAUAUGUAG